AUGGCGGGAAAGAAUCACACUUCGGUCAGUGAAUUCAUCCUGCUGGGGAUCCCCCACACUCAGGGCCAGGAAAUGGUGCUUUUCGUGGUCUUCUUGCUCUUCUACCUCUGCACCCUGUUUGGGAACCUGCUCAUCCUGGUGGCGGUGCUGUCCGAUGCCCGCCUGCACACCCCCAUGUAUUUCUUUCUUUGCAACCUGUCUGUGCUGGACAUCGGCUUCUCCUCCGUGAGCACCCCGAAGAUGCUGGCUAACCUGCUUCUGAGGGACCGCGUCAUCUCCCUGGGGGGUUGCAUGGCCCAGGUCUUCUUCUACCACUUCCUUGGCAGCACGGAGUGUCUACUCUACACCGUCAUGGCAUUUGACAGAUUCGCGGCCAUCUGCCACCCUCUGCGCUACACCAUCAUCAUGAACCGCCGCGUGUGCACCCUGCUGGCAGCAGGCACCUGGUUUACCAGCUCUUUCCAUGCCACGAUCCUCACCACGCUCACCUUUCAGCUGCCCUACUGUGGGUCUAAUGUGGUGGAUUACUUCUUCUGUGACAUCUUCCCGGUGGUCAAACUGGCCUGUGGCAACACUCUCACCAUAGAGACAGUGAGCUUCACCAACAUCGGCCUGGUGCCCAUGACGUGUUUCCUGCUCAUCCUGGCCUCCUACGUGCGUAUCGUCGUGGCUAUUCUCAAGAUGCACUCUGCCGAGGGGCGGCGCAAAGCCGCAUCCACCUGCGUGUCGCACAUCUCUGUGGUCACCCUGUUCUUUGGGCCCUGCGCCCUCAUCUACACCCAGCCUUCGCUCAGCGAGGUGCUGGUCACUCCAGUGCAAAUCUUUGGCAAUGUAGUCACCCCUAUGCUGAACCCCACCAUCUAUACUCUGCGAAAUAAAGACGUCAAGGGGGCCCUGAAGAAGCUGGCUGGGGGCCAGAGUGUUGAAGAUCACUAG